AACUCAAUAGUUUUGUUGAGUACUAGGGAGUGAGUAAACCUUAUCUUCCCCAAACACACAACACUGAUCAUCAGUGUCUCAAUACAGUUUCCAAAACCCACUCUAAACCCUUUCCUCUAUUCUCUCCACCAUGACAAUCCUUCCACUUCGAAAUUUCACCAUCCAAAUGCAAAUCUCUCUCACAAAUUCCCCUUUCAAACCCCCUAAAUUCUUUCCAUUUCACAACCCCAUUUUCUCACCAAAACAACCCAACCACCAUAUUUCGUUGCAAGUCGUCAAUUCCAUUAAAGGUUCAUCAGGUUAUUUAUCCGAAAUCAGCAAAGCAAUCGAUUACGAGGAACAGUACCGUGUGGCACGCUCACAGGUUAACCGUAAAGGUUUGGUGGACUUGGAAGGUUAUUCCAUUGAAGGAGUUUCGAUUGGUGGACAUGAGACGUGUAUUGUAAUUCCUGAAUUUAAGUGUGCUUUUGAUAUUGGAAGGUGCCCAACUAGAGCUAUUCAUCAAAAUUUUGUUUUUAUCACUCAUGCUCAUCUUGAUCACAUUGGUGGGCUGCCAAUGUAUAUAGGAAGCCGUGGUUUGUAUAAUUUAAAACCUCCCACGGUAUUUGUACCUCCUUGCAUCAAAGACGACGUUGAGAAGUUGCUCGAUGUUCACAAGAAAUUGGGCCAAGUUGAACUCAACGUUGAAUUGGUUGCUCUAGAUAUCGGGGAGACAUAUGAACUACGGAAUGACCUUGUUGUUCGACCAUUCAAAACACAACAUGUUAUACCAAGCCAGGGUUAUAUAAUCUACUCAAUUAGGAAAAAGCUGAGGAAACAAUACAGUCACUUGAACGGGAAACAAAUUGAGAAAUUAAAAAAGUCAGGCGUUGAGAUUACAGACACUAUAUUAUCGCCUGAGGUGGCCUUCACUGGGGAUACAACAGCAGAUUUUAUGCUUGACCCACUUAAUGCUGAUGCAUUGAGAGCAAAAGUUCUUAUAACCGAGGCAACUUUUCUAGAUGAUUCCACCAGCAUAGAUCACGCACGCCAACAUGGUCAUACACAUAUAUUUGAGCUCAUUGAAAAUGCUCAGUGGAUUCGCAACAAAGCAGUUCUGUUGACUCAUUUUUCAUCAAGAUACAAUAUAGAGGAUAUUCGUCAAGCUGCAUCAAAAUUGCAGUCCAAACUGUCAGCAAAAGUGGUUCCUCUUACAGAAGGCUUCAAAUCGUUAUACUCUUAGGUGUUCAAAAUCAAUACAAGUUGUGCCAUUAUUCUUAUAUCAAUGAGCACCUAGAGAAAGAAUAUAACAAGUUUAUGAAAAAGAAUGUUACCGAUUUCAUAGUUUCUUGUAAAUUAGAGAAUUGUAUCUGUAAUGUAAUUACAGUUAGUUCAUCGCUAGAGAUGCUGAAUGGCCUAACAUUAAGUCUGUUGCGUAUGUGUCUAAAUGUCACGCAGUUCAUUUAGAUGAUUUUUGGUCCAAAACAAUGGUUUCUGUUAGAUGCAUGUGAAACUAGACACUAGGCAUAGAUAGGUUAUAUUCAUAAAGAUAUUAUUUGUCGUUGAAAUAAACAUUAUUUUUCAAAA